AUGGGCCGUCAGGAGGGCGACUACGUGUGGAAGAAGAACACCGAGAACAUCCAGGACGUGUUUGACAUCAUGGACGAGUUGGGCACAGGAGCCUUCUCCGAGGUCUACAUGGUGAAGGAGAAGAAGACGGGGAAGAUGUUUGCUAUGAAGUGUGUGAAGAAGAACCAGAAGAAGGAUCUGAAUCUGGAGAACGAGAUCGCCGUGUUGAGAAGAAUCAAACAUGACAACGUGGUGGGGAUGGAGGAUUUCUACGAGAGUCAGACUCACUUCUACCUCAUCAUGGAGCUAGUUUCAGGCGGCGAGCUCUUCGACCGGAUACUGGACCGGGGGGUGUACUCGGAGAAGGACGCCAGCCGGGUCAUCCAGCAGGUGCUGCAGGCCGUCAGCUACCUGCACCAGAACGCCGUGGUGCACCGGGACCUCAAGCCGGAGAACAUCCUCUUCUACAGCCCGGAGGAAAACUCCAAGGUCAUGAUCAGCGACUUCGGCCUCUCCAAGAUGGUCGACAACGACAUCAUGUCCACCGCCUGUGGAACUCCGGGAUACGUAGCUCCAGAGGUUCUGGCCCAGAAGCCGUACAGUAAGGCUGUGGACUGCUGGUCCAUCGGAGUCAUCACCUACAUCCUACUCUGUGGAUAUCCUCCUUUCUACGAAGAGAGCGAGACGCGACUCUUCUCCAAGAUCAUGAAGGCGCAGUACGAGUUCGACUCGCCUUUCUGGGACGACAUCUCCGAAUCUGCUAAAGACUUCAUCCGCAACAUGAUGCAGAAGAAUCCCAGCAUGCGCUUCAGCACGGACCAGGCACUCAGGCAUCCCUGGAUCAUCGGAAAGACGGCGCGCAGCCAGGACAUCUACUACUCCGUCAGCGCUCAGAUCCAGAAGAACUUCGCCAAGUCCAAGUGGAAGCAAGCCUUCAACGCGGCCGUGGCCAUCAGCCACAUGAAGAAGCUGCAGCUCCUGGUGGAGGAGAAGAGGGAGGACAGGGAGGUGUGGAAGUCACACACCACCUUUGUUUGCCUACAUCUGGUGUCUCAGCCUCCUGCGUAUAUGAUUCAUAAAGAAACUCUGGUCUUCUGAUGUGAAGAGACACGGAAUUCUGACGUUGGAUGACCGGGCUGGUGAAUAAAUCAUCUUGUUAAACUGG